UCGGCGGUUCCGCCCCCCAGGCGGCAGUCGGCUUGCGCCCUGAGCGCGGGCCCGGCCCGGUGUAGGUGCCUGUGGCCGAGGUGAGGCUCCCGCGGUCCUGUCGCUUUGCAGGUGGGCACGGCCGGCCGGUCCGCAGGUGCAAGGGCGCCGAGUCGUGCAAAGACCGCGCCGAGCCAAGGGUCUCGGCGGGGCUCGGGCUGGCUGCCUCCGCUUCUGGCCAAGGGCGCUGAUGAUGCUACGACACCUGGUAGGAGGGAGAGUGGAGGAGGCAGCGGUCCCGGCCAGACGGGCCACCCAGCAGCGGGAGGACCGGUGGGAGGGACAAGCCGCUGGCGGCGACGCCGCCUUGGGAGGCAUGGCUGCGAAGGACGAUGACCUUUAGGUUUGGCCCAGAGCUGACCCUCGCCGCCUGUUUUGUGUCCUCUCACACCCGCGACCCCUGAGGUCCACCGGGAUGAGUCCCACAGCCGUUUCCAGGCUGGCCCUCUAAGGCCGAGGCGGUGCUAUGCGCCCAUUCCUUGGUGUCCUGGUGCAUGGCUGCUGGAACUUCCAGCUUGCACCGUGCUUGGGGCAGUUCUCAGUUUGGAUAGCCGCACGGGACAGGUCACACGUUUGGCUCUCACGGCUUCAGCACACCCCCCGAAGGCCAGCCACUUCAGAAGCAAGCUCUGUCGUCUUCCUGUGGCCAUCUGUCCGCUGCCCCAGCUGAAUGGGGCUGGGUUUGUCUGUUUUCUCGCCCUGAGAGUUAAGUUGGGAAGGCCUCAGACCGGGGCUGCCUCCUGCCCACCACGGAUUUCAAGGUGGUUCACGGCCCAGAUGGCUGCCAAGUCCUGCUCCGGGGCUCUGGGAGAGAUGCCUCUGACCUUCCAGGAUGUGGCUGUGUACUUCUCCAGGGCAGAAGGGCAGCAGCUGGGCCCCCAGGAGCGGGCGCUGUACCGGGAUGUGAUGUUGGAGAACUAUGGGAACGUGGCCUCACUGGGGUUUCCAGUGCCUAAGCCAGAGCUGAUCUCCCAGCUGGAGCAGGAGGAGGAGCUGUGGGUCCUGGAUCUGCUCGGGGCUGAAGAACCAGAAGUCGUAAGAGGUAGCCAGAGAGAUUCUGAGAUUGAGACUGAGAAGGAGCUAUCCAUUUUAAACCAGAAACGUUCUGAAGAAGUAAAAACACCAGAAUUAAUAUCACAGAAAUUCCCAAGGGCUAAGUCACAGACACCGGAAUCCCAGGAAGCUUGGGACCCUGAAGGUCAGGGAGAAGGCAACCAAGGAAAUUCUGCUCAGAGUUUGAAGAGAGUUGCUAGAGAGGACUCUCCAGGAUGUAGGGAACAACUUCCAGGAAAUGCCCAGAUCCCUGCAUUGGACAGACACUUAAAUCCAAGCCAAAGUGUUGUUACGAUGCAAAGAAAUAAAACAGGCCAGAGAGUCUUUAAAUGUGACAUGUGCAGUAAGACAUUUAAAUAUAAUUCAGACCUAAGUCGGCACCGCCGGAGUCACACUGGGGAAAAGCCUUACGAGUGCGGUCCGUGUGGGCGGGCCUUUACUCACAGCUCCAAUCUAAUUCUUCACCAGCGGAUCCACACCGGGAACAAACCAUUCAAGUGCGAUGAGUGUGGGAAAACCUUUGGGCUCAAUUCCUAUCUCCGCCUGCAUCAGCGAAUUCAUACUGGAGAAAAGCCUUUUGGGUGUAAUGAAUGUGGGAAGGCCUUCAGUAGAAGUUCAAGUCUUAUUCAGCAUCGUAUAAUCCACACAGGAGAGAAACCUUACAAGUGUAGCGAAUGUGGGAAGGCCUUCAGCCAGAGUCCUCAGUUAACUCAGCACCAGAGGAUUCACACUGGAGAGAAGCCUCACGGAUGCAGCUGGUGUGGGAAGGCCUUCAGCCGCAAUGCAAGCCUUAUUCAGCACCAGAGGAUUCACACAGGAGAGAAGCCCCACAAGUGCAGCCAGUGUGGGAAAGCCUUCAGUCAGAGCUCCAGCCUCUUUCUUCACCACAGGGUUCACACUGGGGAGAAGCCCUAUGUGUGUAAUGAGUGUGGAAGAGCCUUUGGCUUCAAUUCCCACCUUACCGAGCACGUGAGGAUUCACACUGGGGAGAAGCCCUAUGUGUGCAGUGAGUGUGGCAAGGCCUUCAGCCGCAGCUCCACGCUCAUGCAGCACCGCAGAGUCCACACAGGGGAGAAGCCCUAUCAGUGCACUGAGUGCGGGAAAGCCUUCAUCCAGAGUUCCCAGCUCACCCUACACCAGCGUGUUCACACUGGAGAGAAGCCUUAUGAGUGUGGGCUCUGUGGGAAGGCUUUCAGCCGGCGGUCAGCCCUCACUCAGCAUCAACGGACUCACCUGGGAGAGAACCCACAGGAAUUUGAGUGUGGCCCAGAUUUUGUGUAUGACUCCAGCCAUCUGUCCACUGGAGAGAGGCGUGGCAGGGCCUUCAGCCACAGUGCGAAACUUGUUCUCCAGUGGACAAUUAGAAGUGGUGAAAAGUCCCAGGGAUGUAGUGAGUGUGGGAAGACUUUCAGCACCUCCUCACAACCCAUGGAAUACCAGAAAGUUCAAGCUGGGGAGAAACCCUGUAAAUGCGGUAAAGCUGGUAGUGGAGUGUCAUCCCACACUCAACAUCAUGUAACUCGUGUUGGAGAGAAACCACAAUUGAAUGAUGCAUCUGAAAGAUACUUAAUUCAUAUCAAAAAGAUUUUCCAAGAAAGACAUUUUUAAUGGGAUAAAUGUGGCAAACAAUUUAUAAGCUUUGUGUUGUGUUAGGUGGAAUGGCGUACAGAAAAUGAAAGAAACUGUUGCUAGCAGACUGCAUGUCAGGAGGCUGGAGCCCAUGCGGCUGCUGUCUCCACCCACCCCGCUCCCCAUGCCCAGGUCUUGACUGACUCAGCACAGCAGGCCGCCUUAGCAUCAGGUCAAGUUCAGGUUUUUAUCAGAGGGCUGAGUUUCAACCCCAAAGAGCAGUUGAUGGAAGGUUUCAAGGUAUGACAAAUCUCUUCACUGGUGAUUGUAAAAGAGAAACCCAGAGAUCUGGGGAAUUGGGUUUGUCACCUUUGAGAAUAUUCGUGAUGCUAAGGACAAGAUACGGCCAUGAAUGGCAAGUAUGUGGAUGGUCUGGGGACCAAGGUGGCUCUGCCAGUGGCUGGGCAAAAUACAGCUUCUCUAGGUGUAGAGGAGACUGAAGCUUUGGGGGGGAGGGGCAGCCACUGUGAGGCAAGGAGUGGGGGUCUACAGAGAUAGCAACCCAGAGGGACAGCUGUGGUGACCAGAGGAACAGUCGGACACGGUGAGGAUGCUGUGAAGAGGAAGACUGCUGGAGAUGGUUCUGAUGGCUGUAAGUUAAAGAUGUCUCAUUCUCCACUGAGCAGGCGCGCACACGGCGAACAAGUCUUGUAUUUUCCCACUGUGGAGCGAAUUUCUGUUCUCUUCCUGCCAACAGAGCCUGACUGCUGCUGGCCCCUAGGUAUCCUCAUCACUAGGCUUUCCUUUUUCUUGUUCCAAUUUGUUUUGUUAAUGUUUUCUAAGCACUUGAGCCACAGAGACAGGCAGAUCUCUGUGAGUUUUGAGAUUUCUGACCAGCCAGUUGCAUAGAUUCUGUCUCAAAAAAAGAAAAAAAGUUCUGAAAAGCA